AUAACUUAAAUAAUUAUGAUUAGAUAACACAUAAAGAAGAGAAAAUACUAUUUAACCGUAAUAUAUAAGGUAAGUAUACCUUGUUACAUUAACUUUUUAGUAAACGCCAUCUAUUGGAGCUUUAGCUCAAUGAUUAAAAUUGAUUAUAAUUUUUUAGGUUAUACCAUUUUAAACUUAAGUUAAACUUAAAUUUGUAGUUUACGUAGUUUUAAUCUUUUCCGGCGAGAUAUUUCUCUCGCUGUAGCUGUUCUUACUACUUACUGAAUAAAGGGAGUAAUUGUGAAAAUGGAUACAGAACCAAAAGAAAUGGUUGGACCAUCAACAGAUUCUGUAAAUGCAAAUAAAAAUGAACUAGCAGAACAGCCAACAAGGGAACAUACUAAUCUCCUUAGAGAAUAUUUUAAUAGUAUCGCAAAUCGUGAAGUUUUACAUUUAAAUUCAAGAUCUGUAACCCCAGUCCUUUCAGUCGAUUUAGGAAUCGAUUUAAAAAUGGUUUCAUCUCGAAUGAAGUAUGUGUUAGCAGAGGCAUUAUGUUAUUUUAUGAAAGUUUGGCCUGGAUGGUCCACUACAGAUUACAAAAAUCCGUUAUUAAAAGAUGACUGUUUUUUGAAAUAUCAAGAUUAUUUAAGAUCAAAAUUAAUGUAUAUCAUUGAUAACGAAAGCCAAUUUCGUGAAGAUGGUGAUUUUCAAAGAGGGGAAUCAGUUUCUGUGGAAUCUCAAACAAAUAUACCAUCGAAAACUAAUAAACCAGAAGCUUCUUUUAAUUUGGCUAUAACCGGAAAACCAAGCGUUUUGAAUAAUAUUGUUUUUAUUGAAUUAGACAAUAACAUAUUAAUAAAAAAACAUUUAGAAAAACCAUGGAAGCAAUUACCUUCGAUGGUAUAUUUUUUAAAUCACCCUUAUGUUAAGAUUAGUGUUGAUUUACCUUCGGUUAAAUUUUCGCGAUCUAACGUCCAUGUUUAUAAACGUUAUAUAACGGAUGGUGGGGACACAACUACUUGCCCUCCAACAGACUUUAUUACUGAAGUUGUGAACACCAUUCCAAAUUCUACACCUAAAGUUUAUUCAUAUGACUUUAUAUCCGCUUAUUUCAAACAAUUAACAUCCAUAUUGACAAAGUAUAAUAUUAACAAUCAUCAUUUAAUUCAAAGCAUCAUCAGCGAGUUUUUACAGGAUAUUAAAGACUGCAAUAUGAAUGGGGGUACCAUGGCUGCACCAUUUAUGGUAACUUAUAAUAUUGGCGGAAAAGUAUAUGUUCGUAAUAAAAAAAUGGUUGUUAGCAUUAAUAAGAACAAAAAUGCAAUAAAUUUUUGCGAAAUCUUAACUCCAAAAGUGUCAUUUGCACUCCAAGAAUUUAAUGUUGUUGAAGAUGAAAACGCAAAGGAACUUUCUUUCAUUGAUUUAAAUAAAAUAGCCUCAAUGUCUAAAGAGGAACAUUUAACACUAAUAAAUGCUUUUAAUAAUUGCGUAACGUUUCAUUGUACGUUGUGCGAUAAAGUGUAUCAAGGAGAACGUUGCUAUUCUGAUUGUUUGGAUCAUUUUCGAUUUUUACACAAAGGCGAGCAAGCGGUUGUAUGUUUUAGAUGUCGAAAGACGUUUGAAGUAAUUAAUUUGGCGUCGACUCGAUGGGCUCAUAAUAAUUGCUAUGUCGCUCCAGGAUUAGUUAAAAUGGAAGAUGGAAAAGGAGGAGAGGAAAGAAGUGAAAAUGUGUUGGUGGGUCAAGGGGGAGUUGACGGCGAUAAAUAAUAAAGUUUGAAGUUUUAAUUUUAAAUAUAUUAAGUCUAUUUAUACUUAAAAAAUGUCUAUUACUUAAUAAUCUUAUAUAAUUAUCUUUUUAUCUUAGUUUUUAAAUUAAGUGCUAAGGAUAAGUAAUUUUUUACCACUAAAAUAAAUGUUAUAAAAUUUUACCGCUGUAUUUUACCGAUAUUCUCCGCUCAAUGGAAGAUUUUUCUGUCCCCAACUACUUAUGGCAUUAACUUUUUUAUGAAUAGGAUGUUGACUAACUGCACAUCUGAGAACACUAGGUGCAAAACGACAGGCUGCGAAUACCGCUGGAAGUCACUUUUAAUAUCAUGGAGAUCGCAAUUAACAACGGCAUGUUAGUUAAGUAUCUGGGGUUAUUUCCGGACAGCAAAUGUACGUUCCGAGAUCACAUAAACACGGCUUGCUUUAAAUCGGGAAAGAUGUAUGUAUAGUAGCGAAGUUUGGGCUACCGGACUUACCAAGAACAACCGCGGAAGACUAGUCUUGGUGCAGAGGAGAGGCGUUGUACGCAUAGCCAGUGUUUCAACAGCGACCGAGUCAUGGCAAGUCCUGUAAAACGAUCAAUGCCGGCGGUACUGAUCCCAACCAUUAUUAUUACACCACGCAAUUUUUGAGGGGCCAUGGCUAGUUCCACAAGUACCUCUAAUAUCUUAGUGUUAUCUUGGACAAAGGACUAACUUGGAGAUCACACAUUAGUUGCAAAACCAAAAAAGCAACGAUUAUACUGACCCAGUGUCGAAGGGUUAUUGGGAAUACUUGGGGACUAAAUCCGAAAGUUACAAUAUGGAUCUACACAUCUGUGAUUAGACCCAUGGUAGCUCACGGAGCCAUAGUUUGGUACUCAGCACUACAACAUGCAUAUAAAACUAAAUUGCUGCAUCAAUUGCAACGACUGGCCUGCCUGCUAAUCACAUGCGCUAUGAGAUCUACACCUACGAUUGCGAUGAAGACUAUGCUGAACGUGCUGC